CACUACUCAGAAUUUCGGUGGAUUGUUUCCCUAAUUCUUGCUUCAUCUGGCGACGGGGUCAAAUAGCAGUGUGUCCCGUACUUGGAUCUCGAAUAGGGCGAUAUCCGGGGUCUCGAGAGCCGCCCCCACGCGCCCGUCACUAUCUCGCCCCGCGGAGGUUCUGGUUAUCUCCCGAUGAAGAUCCCAAGGAACCACAAUGCCAAACGGGAAGAAAGGGACAACGCCUGCAGGGCCGCGCAGAGAUGUGCUGGCCUCGCUGCGCAUGGCGUCAAUGGAGGAGAUCGCGCGAGCUUCGCUGCCGGCUGAAAUCAUGUCGUCGAUUUUAGAUUAUCUCGACCCCGUCGAUCUUAUCCGAGCUGCCCGAUCGAGCAAGCUUCUACAUGAAAUGGCAUAUGAUGACACCCGAUGGGUGCAGCGAUUGAAACGAAUUGGGUGCUGGGACGAGGCAGACGCUCGGAGACACAUUGAGGCAACUUAUGGGACCGUUGCGAAUCCGAACAUUGUCGAUAGCGAGGAUAUACCUGCGGAAACGAGUGGCACGGUACCUGUCAUUACUGUCGAGAAGGCACCUUCUUCUGAUAUUCAAGGGCUGUCUGACGGUUUCGACAAGAUCGAGUUGGUCAAUACAAGCGUACUGCCCGAAUCAUCCACAACAGUCGAGGACGACCCCGACCUAGUUAUCUUGAAGACCGCUAAAUCCAUACGGGGUGAGGCUCGUCAGGAAUAUGGGAGGAUCCAUGGUGCUCUGGCGCCAUUCUACAAUGACAUUGUGAAGAAGGGGCCUUCAGUGGACAACUUGGUCUUCACCCAGUAUAAAGAUCCUCAAGCCCGGGCGCAAAUGCUGUCGCAACUGGUGGCUUUCUCAAACUCCGAUAUGACAGACGGCUGGGAUGAUCGGACAAGUCGAGUUCAGAAUACCGUUGCAAUGUUUGAAACUACCGCACUGAACGAGUUCCGAAAUGCAUAUGAGGCUGACGACAUUGAUGACACUAUGCGAAAAUACGCUCACGUACUCUGGACGCUCAACGGUGGCAAGGGGGCCGUUGAUCAUUUUAUACGUCACAAUCACCUUAUGGCGCGCAAAUCCCAGCUGGGAACAGUAGCGGACUGCAUUGACGCCACGGGGAAAGUGAAGUUACAACAUACACAGGCGUUCUUUACACGACUCAGUGUUGCCUACAAUGAGGAGGUGACCGUUAUGAAUCGUGUUUUCCCUUCCGAGCUGGAUGUGGCAUCUCCCUUUAUGGAAAAGGUUGGGCAAGAUGUGCUCUAUCCAUUCCUCACUGCCAUCUUCGACGAGCUGCAUCGCACUAAUCUGGAAUCCUACCUCACAGCCGUCUCUGUUACAUUUGUACAGUGUAUGAACCUGUCUGAAUCUCUCCUGCCAAUACGCAACUCUGGCGACAAGUUUGAUCAGUACCUGGAUUCUGUUGUGAUCAAAAUCUAUGAGCCACACAUCGAUUUGUACUUGGCAGAAGAGCUUGACUUCUUCCGAAAGGGAUGCGAGGCUACAAUUGACGACUGGGAUCGCCAGCUUUCAGAGCAAGCGGCCUCGGCCGAGUCAUUCUUGAUGUCCAAUGUCAAUCGCCAGGCGGACAAGCGAGACUUCCUCACUUCGUUCAAAAAGGUAAUCAUGAUGCCUGUUAACAUUCUCCCGAGCUUCUCGGGCAACAAGGCUGCCGGUGACUCCAAAGCCGACUCUGGGGCAAAUGGUAGUAACCCAUCUGCUGCGAAGAAUCCCCAUCGGUUCUCUACUAUUGCUUCACCAACAACGCCGUCAUUAGAAGAGGCACCAACUACAGAAUUGGCAGCUAAAGCCGCCAUCAUGAAAACCAAGAUGGAAGGCAUCAAGUCCUUGUUCAGUAUUGAAAUUGCCCUGAACCUUGUUCACUCGGCCAAGUCCAGUCUAGAGCGAGCUGCUCAAUUUGUCCGGCUGGGAGGGGAGUAUGGACGAGCUGCAAAGCAGCAGUGCGAGGCCAUCUUUGUUGCCCUCCUUCGUCUCUUGGGCCUUCGCCAUGUCAUUGUGGGCUUCGAUAAAGCCGUGGACCAUCUCUCCAAUUACCGUCCACGAGAGCAGGAUGAGCGCGAUUCUUCAGGUGUCGAGCCUCUGGUUACCUUCUUGGAGCUAGUGAACGUGGGCGAUCUGAUCCUGCAGAUGGUGGACGUGUUCUACGAGCAGGAGCUGAUUGGUACAAGACUGACGGACCGAAACGACUUCCUCGAUCCGGCGGUCAAAGAAAAGAAGAAAUUCGAGCAAAUGCUUGAUGAGCGUGUGGCGGCUGGUUUGAAUAAGGGCAUUGACGUGCUCAUGGAGGAAGUGGACUAUAUUCUCGCCACGCGACAGCUCGCCACGGACUUUAAUCCAGGCGUCUCGUCGGACCCCCAUCGACAGACCAUGGAUGUGGGUAUCAGUCAAGCAGCUGCGGCUGUGGUGGAUGUGGUCUCGUCGCAUACUCAGAUGUUGGUUGGUAGUACCGACAAGAGCACGCUAGAUGUGUUCAACCAAGAAGUCGGUAUGCGCUUGUUCACUGCUCUUUGCAAACAUCUGAAGCGACAGCGGAUCAGUGUCGAGGGAUCUCUAAAGCUGAUCAGUGACAUGAACCACUACUUCAAGUUCGUCCAAACCCUUAGAAACAACGAGCUUCUCCUCUACUUCAAGGCGUUCCGAGAACUAGCCCAGAUCUACCUGAUCGACCCAUCUGACGCUAAGGAAUUGGCGACGAUCAUCGCCGACGCCGACCGGUUCUCUGGAAUCUGGCGAGUUGAGGAAGUCUCCGAGUUCGCAGAGCGCCGGGUGGACUGGUACCAAGUGAAAGGUGACGUGGAACGAGCCAUGUACGGCAUUGGAUGCAGCGUGAUGUAAGCAGUGAUAGAUACCCCCGAAUUGCAUAGCGAAUUGGUUGGUUGGUUUGAUUGGAUGUAUAGAUAUUGAGGAUAAACCUAGACGUCGAUCGUGUUCAUAGGGCCGAUCUCAGAGGCACAAGCUCCCCUCGGACUGAAUAUACUUUUUAAAAGAACUGGACUUUUCCUAUUUUGUAG